CAGUGCGGGGAGCGAGGAGAGGACGCGCUCCGGGCUGGCCGCCUCCCAGUCCCCAGGCUGCCGCGGGCAGGGGCCGGCCUGGAGCCAGCACCCGGAAACCUGCCCCAACCUGGGGCCGGCACCGGGGACGUUCGGCCCGGGGAGCCGAAGAAAGGAUCAGGCGACCGAAGGCAGCGGACGCCGGGGCCGGGGAAUGAUAACCUCGGGGCGGGGGCGGCUGCUUCCCCACCCAGGCGGAGCUGCGGGCUGCAGAUUGCCAUGGCUUCCUGUCCCAGGCUCUGGGCACCCCUUGCUCAAGUAGGCAGAGCUCUCAGUCAGCGCUGCUUCAGCACCACCGGGGGCAUGGGCGCCAUUCAGAAGAUGACCCGGGUGCGUGUGGUGGACAACAGCGCCCUGGGGAGCACCUCCUACCACCGCCCUCCGCGCUGCAUCCACGUGUACACCAAGAACGGCGUGGGCAAGGUGGGCGACCGGAUCCUGCUGGCCAUCAAGGGGCAGAAGAAGAAGGCGCUCAUCGUGGGGCACCGCAUGCCUGGCGCCCGCAUGACCCCCAGGUUCGACUCCAACAACGUGGUCCUCCUGGAGGACAAUGGGAACCCCGUGGGCACCCGGAUCAAGACGCCCAUCCCCACCAGCCUUCGCCAGAGGGAAGGCGAGUACUCCAAGGUACUGGCCAUUGCCCAGAACUUCGUUUGAGGAGCCACCGGACUGCAGGCCGUCCAGGGACCACGUCUCAGCUGAGGAGAGAAUCGGGGCUUGGGAGGGCGGUCAGCGUGUCCCGUGAGGAAAUAAACUUGAAUUUCAAGUGUG